AUGUCUAUCCUCAAAUCGCUCAAAUCUAAAAUCUCUCGCGAGUCGCCCAGGGCGACCAAAGUCCCCAUCACCCCCAACCCUCAGUACCAGAGGUCCGGCACCAAGUCGUACGUGCACACAAUGCGCAAGUAUCGCUUCCGCCCAACUAAGCCCGGCCCAUAUUUCCUCGGCGAGGGCACACGAGAGACUGGUCGGCCUUGUGCCGCGAAGGCCAUCGGGGGCCAUGCGUACAUGCGGCAGGUCGUGCACAAGAGGAACGCCGACAACAACCGGGUCGGAGAGGUCGAUGCGGAAGAUGUGCAGAAUGACUCGAUGUAUCUGGCGCAGGUGGGAAUUGGCACGCCGGCGCAGACGCUGCGGCUGGAUUUUGAUACGGGGUCGGCGGAUCUUUGGCUCUUCUUUGAACAGGUCUGGUCGACCAGGAUGCCAUCGGUGACCUUGUCGCAGCAUAGGAACCACACCGUCUUCGAUCCAUCCAAGUCGAGUUCGUUCCGGGGAAAAAACGACUCGGCGUGGCGCAUCUCCUACGGGGAUAGAUCAUCUGCGUCUGGCACUGUCGGCAACGACAACAUCGACGUUGGAGGUCUCAUAGUCAAGGGCCAGGCUGUCGAGCUGGCGGAGACGCUAUCAGCGCAGUUCACGCGCGGCGCCGGGGAUGGGCUGCUGGGACUAGCCUUCAGCAACAUCAACACGGUGAAGCCACAGGCAGUGCGCACGCCCAUCGAGAACAUGAUCUCGCAGUCCGACAUCCCCAAAUCGGCGGCGCUGUUCACCGCGAAGCUCGGGUCGUGGCGCGACGCCGACGAGCCCGACCACGGCGAGUCUUUCUACACGUUUGGAUUUAUCGACGCGGACACAGUGGCCGCAUCUGGCGAGAAGAUGUAUUACACGCCCGUUGAUAACAGUCUCGGGUUCUGGAUGUUUGAGUCGUCCUCGGCUUCGCUGAAUGGCAAGACCAUCUCGCGGACUGGGAAUAGGGCUAUUGCUGAUACGGGCACCACCUUGGCUCUGGUCGAUGAUCAUAUGUGUCGGAUUCUCUACGAUGCUAUUUAUGGCGCUUACUAUGACGAUGAUAGUCAGGGAUACUUGUAUCCGGCGGACACGCCGCUAAAUCGGUUGCCUGUUGUGUCCUUUGCCGUGGGCGACAAGCAGUUUGUCGUGCAGAAGGAGGACUUGGGGUUUGCGCAGGCGAAGCCGGGGUAUGUGUAUGGGGGGAUUCAGAGUCGGGGCUCGAUGACGAUGGAUAUUCUUGGGGGAACUUUCCUUAAGGCUGUUUACGCUGUGAGUCUUACUCUGAGGAUCGGUUGUGGCGCUGGCUGA